GACCAUUCUCAAAAUUCUAAAAAAAUCUAAAAAAUUUAACCACAAAAACGACCAUUCGACUUCUAACUAGUCAAAGUCAAUGCCAACCAAAAAACCUCUAAUGUGAAUUGAAUGAAACCCAACACCCCCACUUAGUUAGACCCUCCCCUAUAAGAAACAUAAACAUCAACAACACAACCCAAGAUAAGAAAAACCAAAAAGUAGAAACAACCUAAACAGGAAAUAAGUGAAACCAACAAGAUGGUUCCUGUAUGGCUACUCACCGUAACAGUAACAGUAGCCACUUUACUGUUAACAACACUAACACAAGCUCAACCAGAAGCAAAUUUCAAAUGCGCCACCGAAGCCACGUGUCGCAGUCUAACCGACUACGCUUCCGCCAACGCAACAACCUUAAAGGAAAUCGAAACCCUGUUCGGCGUGAAACACUUCCUCGACCUCCUCGGAGCCAACAAACUCCCAACCGACACCAAAAACACUUACAAACUAAACGCCAGCCAAGUCAUUAAGGUUCCGUUUCCCUGCAAAUGCGGCAACGGAAUCGGUAAAUCCAACAAUUUACCACGGUACAAAAUAAAACCAGGUGACACGUUAAGCGAAAUAGCGACGGUUCGUUUUGCCGGUUUGGUGAAGUAUCAACAGAUCCAAACCGCUAAUAACAUACCAGAUGCUAACAAUAUAACCGCCGGUGAUACGCUUUGGAUUCCUUUGCCUUGUAGCUGUGAUAAGGUGGAUGACAGCAGUGUUUUGCAUUAUGCACAUGUUGUGGAAGCUGGUAAUACCAUUGAUAUCAUUGCUCAAAAAUAUGGUACAACACCACAAACUCUACUCUCUAUCAACGGUAUUGAUGAUCCUAAAACACUUCAAGCCGGUCAAGUUCUAGAUGUUCCUCUUCCAGUUUGUAAAUCAAAUGUUGGAAAUAAUUCGGUGGAUUUUCCAUUGCUUGUUCCAAAUGGGACUUAUUUCUAUACUGCAAAUGAUUGUGUUAAAUGUAAAUGUGACUCUACUGGUAGUAAUAACAACAGCAAUUCUAUGUUGCAAUGCGAGGAGUCGAAUAUAAAACCGAUAAAUCAUUGGUCGGUUUGUCCGUCUGCGAAAUGCUCUGGGAAUGUGUUGAUUGGGAAUACUACGUCUACUGAUUCGUGUAAUCGGACAUUUUGUGAUUACGCUGGUUAUACUUCUCGCAAUAUCUCUACGGUUCUUGCAACUCAAAACACUUGUGCUGUGGCGCCAAGUGGUUCGAGCGGUUCGGGUUCAGGUGGUUCGGAUUCAGGGGCAUCUAGGAGUAUCUUGAAUGGCUGGGUUUGGAAUAAGCUUCUUAUUCUCAUUCACUUCCUUCUGUUUUUUGUUUAUCUUUUGUAGUACAAACCCUGCAUCUUUGUUCUUUUUCUUUUCAUGAGUUCUUUGUUUAGUGUUGUGUCUUGUGAGUGUUGCCACUUAAUUGAAUAUUUUUAUGUUUUUUUCCUUCUAUUUAGUGCAUGUUUGGAUUGAUUGUGAGUUAGGCUUUGUCAGAGUGCUACCAUGACUUUGUCAUACUCACAUUGAUUUCAAAGAUACACUUGCAAUAUUUGUAAUAUACGAGCAUGUUUGGAAGAAUAAGAAUAUUGUCUGAACUACAAUAAUCUGUAUCUUUUUUAGUGUUA